AAUCGCGCGAGAGCUAGCUAGCUAGAGCUAGAGGGGGAGAUCGAGAGAAUAUCGUGGCGGUAAUUUUGCAAGUGAAAAUCAAUAAUGGGAGACGUUUUUGAGGUACAGGUAAUUCUGGAUUCCAGAAAGACAAAAGGUGGAGAAUUCGAAUACAAGAUCAGAUGGAAGGGGUAUGGCCCAUCGGAAGACACGUGGGAACCAGAAGAAAAUCUUAUUCACUGCAAGGAGCUCCUCCGUGACUACAAGAAUAAAAUGGCUGCGGAACAGAGAAACAGGACACAACUAAAAGCAAGAGACGGGGAUUUAACACCAAACUUACAAAAGAGAAGAUUACGACAGAGGAACACACCGAAAGUUCAGAGGGUCUUAGGCGUGAAGCAAAUGCCUCAGGCUCAUGUCAACUACUCUGAAGUACCAGUUGAACAGCAUGGAACACCAUAUCAUGAAACUUCAAACAAAAUCAAAUGUGAGACAACGGGCAAGUGUAAUAAAUGGGCUAUGUUUGGUGGUUUGGUGUGUUUCAUGACUGGAGCAAUACUGCUCUAUCUUUCUAUGGACUGACCAACAACCUCUCCUCCUGGCAUAAGGAAACUGCAUUCAUACGGACCAAGUACAAUGACUGGAGUGAUUCAAAUGUAUGAACUAGCUAGACAUUAGGCCUAAUGAUUGACAACCUCAGCUCCAGCAUAGGGAUCCUACCGAGAUUAAUGACUGGAGUGCUAUGACUGUAUGGACAAGACAUCAACGGUCAACAACCUCGGCUUCAGCACAGGGAUCCAGCAUGCAUACAGAUGGAGUUCAAUGGCAAUGAGUAUGAGCGGUCAGUGACGAACCACCUCAGCUCCAGCACAGGAAACCUCCAUUCAUUGGGCCUACACUGACCAAGCCAAGAAAUGACUGAAAACUGGGAGAGAAUUUGUCCUGAUGGCAAGAAAGGUCAAUUCUAUCAAAUCAGUGACCAUGCAAUUAUGAAUUGCUUUUCAAUAUGAUAUGUAAUGUUAUUUAUGAGUUGUGACCCUUUUAGACUUGGGGUAUGAAUGCAUCGUGUCUUCCAUAUAUCUCCAAACAAAAGAACAUUCACAUUUUGCUGUUCAUUAUGCACUGUACAUUCCUUUACCAAAAGUUGAUCCUAUCACUAUUCUUUUAUUUCUUUCAACUGAUUUUGCUAUAAAAAUGACUCGUUUGAUUAAGAGUAAAAACAAUCGCAACUUGCAAGGGAUUCUAACAUUAAUUAAAAAUGCCACCUGUGAGCAUCUCUUAGAUUACUGAUUUCUACUUUAUAUCUUUACAGUAUGGUUUUCAUUUCCAUUUCUUUUUGAAGUACAUUUAUUGGGCUUCGUAUCAAGACUUCAUUUUCAGCAGAGACAAAUUCAUAAUUCUAUGUCUUGUGCUUGUUUUUAAUUGUAUAUACACAUCCUGUGUUUAUGUGGAGAUGUUUAUAAUGAUGCAGAAAAGAAUACAGUUGCAAUUGGGAUUAUUGAAAUUGUUGAAUUAGUACUGAAUUAUGUAGUUCCCUAGUAGGCAUAACAGAUUAUAGGAGAUUGAAACCUGGGAAGAAGGUAGCUGGUGUGAAUUGGGAAAAUCAAUGACAAUUUGCAAGAAAAUUAAGAAAUUUUAACAAAGUUAUGACUACUGUAUGAGCAUAAUAGCAUUUGAAUAUUAACAUUCACUUAUUAAAUGUCCUUAGUGUUUGUAUGAUUGUUCUCAAACUUUUAUUGGACUUGUUUUACUUUUCAGUUUUCAUUCAUACAAGGUAACUUGUUCCUUGGGGUUUCAUUUUACUCUAGAUAUCUAUUGUUUUGUUUUAUUUAUAGGAGAAUCUAUAUCUAGUUAUUAUUUCACUUAAUUUAUUCAAUAUAAAAGCAUGAGAAAAUUUUAUGGAAAUGUUUGAUUAAUACAUCAAAUAAAAAGCUUAAAUGAUAAUUUUACUUGGUUUAUUUACAUGUUAUUAUUUCAUAUCUGCAUUGAAAAUACUUUGCAUCAUUUACAGCCUGUUGUGCCUUGUGUUUCAAUGCAACUAGAGAAAAUGUACUGUCUUAUUGAUUCCAUGUAGUUUAAGAAGCUUGGAUUAAGGAUUUAUGAUUGAUUUGUAGUUGUGUUCAAAUACAAAUUUUCAUGCAACCGUCCCCUAUAACACAUUCAAGUUAUUACUGUUAUGUUUGUUUUAAUAUCUCUUAAAAAAAAAAAGAUUUAAUCCUGUUUUAAAACUUUUGAUGAAGUACAGUGACAAACCUUCCCCUUCCAAAUAAUAUAGCUAAUGAUUUCACGAAAAUGUGUGAUCGUAUGCUUGCAGUACGUACAUGUACGUCAUAGUACCAACAUGUAAAUCUACUUGCCUUGAAAUAUUUUAUAUAUUUGUAUUCAUACAUUUUUAUACUUAUAAUAUUCAAAUCAUAUUUUUUCCCAUGUCACUUGUCAGCUGUUUUGUAAGUACGGUGCUUGACGCCAGUAACAACGUCACAACCAUCCACCACUCAAAUAUCUGACUGGUAGUCUCCUGCUUAUUUCCCCACUGACAAAGAAUUUGAUUUAAAAAUGUACAUUCUAAACAAUUUUUUUGUCCCUUGCCCAAACCUGUACGGCAGGUGUCGGGCACUUAUCUGACCACCACUUUAUACUAGUAGACCCUGUUGACAACCGUGGUUGCCAGUAACUUCACUCUUUUUACGAAGAAGACAAUGGAAUUGACUUGUUUGGAAAUGACAUUAUAGAGAUAAGUACAUUUUAAAAUUAUGUUCUGAGAAAAGCAACAAUAUCUUCAGAUUAUGAAAACAAAUGCAACCUACUAAACUUGGCUUGCAUUUACUUUUUUGGGCCUUGACUUCGAAUGUUUUUUGUUGGCCCUGGAUAGUUGGAUUAAUCCUAACCCUGUGCAUAAUGAAUGUGAGACUGCCGGGGUGUUCUUUUUUUUUCAGUUUUGAUCAAAUUAUUGGUUAGUUUUCAUUAUUUCACGUUUGGUUUGCUUAAUUUAUCAUAAUUUACUAUGGGGAUAUGAUAGAGAUCUACUUCCUUGUAUGACAAAUUAGAUUUGACUUUAAAGUUGAACUUCAGCUAAAAGAAACACAGUUGCAUCCAGUAAUACACUAUAGGAUUAAAAUAGGAUAAAUGGGGGGGGGUCAUAAUUUAAUUCAACUUCAACUAUUCAGAGUUUGAUGGGAGAGUGACUGAUGUUGUUGUUUGUACGUAUAAUUUACUGUCAGUGUCAUGAAUAUUUUGCAGUGUAAUUUACAUGUAAAUUGUAAUAUUGCUUUAGAGAGUAAGUAUAUUUUCAAUGUUAGCAAUACUGUAGAUAUGUACAAACAUUUUGAAAUGAUUUUUUAAUGUAAUUGUUUUAUCAUGAAUAUGUAAAUACUGGAAAUCAAAUUUUUGAUUUUUAAAAAAAGUCUAAAUGAAAUGUCUCUGCCUUCAACAUAAACCUUGACUAUUUACAACGUAAAUCAAUAUUUAUUUAUUUAUUUUUUAUUCUGUAAACUGUUCUGAAACUUCGGAAAAAAUAUUUUUUUACACUGACUAGGGAAAUAGUUCUCAGUGUACUGUAAGGUUUGAUUCAGAGUUCAGAAGUACAUGUAUACAACAUGUUACUUGCUAGAUACAUGUAAGGCUAAGCAAGAGACUUAGUUUCUUCAAAGAUCUGAACACCAUAUUUAAUUUAUCAGCAUUCAUUUAAAAAAAAUACAUGUACACAGUAGUGGUUCAGAUACUGUAAGGGACCUUGGAGUUAUUGUUGAUAACAACUUGACCCUUAACCAGCAUAUCAGAAAUGUUUGUCGUUGUGCAUCAUGGGGUAUUUGUAAGAUAGGGAAGUUAAGAAAGUAUCUUGAUAAAUCAUCUACUGAACGUAUAGUACAUGCCUUUGUAUCAUCCCAUUUAGAUUAUUGUAAUUUUUUACUUGCUGGUUUACCUCAAUCUAGUAUAAGAAAUCAAAAUACUGCAGCUAGAUUGAUAACCCUCACAAAGAAAUUUGAACAUAUCACCCCUAUUCUCUACUCGCUCCAUUGGCUUCAGGUUCAUAAUAGAAUUAUUUUCAAGCUCCUUCUCCUUGUCUAUAAAAUCAUCCAUGGUCUCGCCCCAUCCUACCUUCAAAAUCUUAUCUCUCUCUGUCCCUCAUCCUCUGCAACUCAACGUCUCUGAUCUUCUUCUACUGCUCACCUUCGACUAUCUCUAGGACCCCGUUAUGGCGAUCGUGCUUUUUCUGCUCUUGCCCCUAAACUCUGGAACAAUCUCCCCAUCUCCAUCCGUAAUGCAUCCAAUGUCGAAUCUUUCAAAACACUCCUCAAAUCUUACCUCAUUAAGCAGUCCUCUUAAUUCCAUAUCCUGUUCUCUCUCACUGUAUUUUGCUACUUCUUUUUUUUUUCUUUCCAAUUCGCUUAGAAACUGUUGUAUUAAGCGCUAUAUAAAUGUUAAUUAUUAUUAUUAUUCAUUAUUAGUAUAAUUGUUUCAUAAUUACAUUUGUUACAUCUGUGAAAUGUAUUCAUUGUUGCCUAUAUGAAUUACCAUACAUGUUGGCGACAAAUCAAAUGUGUAGUGAUUAUUUCACAUUUUACUUGGAAAGGAUUUUUUUUAUGUACCAGGGGCCACAGAACUGUGGGGGAGGGGGCACUUUUUUCCAAAAGACAUGAAAAUAAAUAUUUAUUCCAGGAUAUUUUGGAAUCAAUGAACAUGAUAAUUACAUGUAAUGCCUGUUUAAAGCUUUGGUAAAUUAUGUAAAAUGGCAAAAUAUGCCUACCAAAGAAAAUGUUUUUAUUUUCUAUAAUGGAAAUCAUAACACUUUUGUGACGUGCACAUCCAUGCAUUGAAGUACAUAGAUUGGAAAGGUGAGAUUUGGGGAGAUUUACCAAAGCUUAAAGGGAAGCUUUCACAUGACUUGAUAUUGAUCGUCACAUUACCAGAUAUCUUUCAUUUUUAUGUGUAAGUUUUCAUCAGGGAAAUAAUAUCAUUCCUCUGUUUUCAUGAAGGUGAUUGACAUAUUGUUUUAUAAUCAUACAAUGUACUUCACAUAUUAUUAUUGUACUCGCUCUCCCCCCCCCUUAUGUACUUUUCUCAUUUUUUAUACAGUUUAUACUUAUUCAAUAGAGCUGAUGUUUUUUUUUGUAGGUCUUAGACAUAGUCUAUACCUAAUGCUUCUUUGUGUGAAAUUUAAAGGUACUGCAUCAUAAAACCUGCAAACUACCAUGGAAACUUUUUUUUUUAAAUUGAUUGCUGAGCCCUGUUUCUAUAAUAAUUGCCAUAAUGGCAUAAUUACCACGGCAUAGUUGUAACUCACUGUGAAAGUCCGCAGGUCAGGGUAUUUUGCAAAUCCAGUAGUCCUGUCCAGAGGGUUUAUGGUAGUGCAAAUCCUUUCAAAGAUUUGUUCUGAAAUGACCUAGUUCUGAAAGAGGUCCGUUUGAAAAUUCAUUCUAUCAUCCUCAGAUUGUAAGAGAUGUGUGAAAACUGGGUACGAUCGGUAGCUAAUAAAUUUACCAAUGCACUUUUAUAUGAAAA